AUGCUUCUCAUAGAGUAGGGUUUAAGCGCCCUCUCCAAUUCCAAGUUAGGGUUUUUCAGUUUGUUGAGCAAAAGAAGAGAGAUGGCUAUACCAAGGGGUAGGAAUGGAGAAGAGGAAGCAGAAGAAGCUUUUUUCGAACAGGAAUUUGAGUUUGAGGACACCAAUUCCGUCCCUCCUCAUCUCCUCAACCUCUUUGACGCCGCCGAGAAUGGAAACCUUGUCGCCCUCCGUCAUGCCCUAGAUAAUUUGACUGGCAGCAUUGAUCAACCUCUUGAAGAUGGGGACACUGCUCUUCAUCUAACAUGUUUAUAUGGCCAUCUGUCUUGCGUGCUGCUAUUGUUAGAGAGGGGAGCUUCUUUGGAGGCUAAGGAUGAAGAUGGAGCACUCCCAUUGCAUGAUGCUUGUGCUGGAGGAUAUACGGAGAUUGCCCAACUGCUGAUCAACAGUGCCCCUGAUCCUGAUUGUGUGAAGAGGAUGUUGGAGUCUGUUGAUGUAGAAGGUGAUACGCCUCUUCAUCAUGCUGCCAGAGGUGAACAUGUAAAUGUUAUUAGAUUAUUGCUAGCUUCAGGCGCCUAUCCUUCUAGGACCAAUAUAUAUGGAAAGACCCCUAGUGAGCUUGCUGCACCUGACACCGAACCCCAAAGAAUCUUAGAAGAAGCUGCAAGUGCUGUUCCUAGCCAGUAAGGCCUUCAUGCCAAGAGUUUGCGUUGGAAGCUUGGUUAUUACUUAUCAGUACUAUAGUUUUGCCUUACUUUAUAGUUGAAAGUGUUGAUCAAAAUAUCCCCUUUGAAGCUAGAAAAUCAUGUACAAGCAAGGGGACAACUAUGCCAGUGAAUUGUAUUUUUUGCCAAAA